GCGCGGUCACCAGCUGAAGCGCGCCAAACGGCGUUGCCCAUAGUUCAGCAUUUGCUUAUUUGAGCCGAGUGUUUAGGAAAGAAAAUUAUCUUGGUUUUUUGUUCCUUAAUUAAUGUUAGCAGUGUUAGGAUUCUUGUAUAAGUAUGGAACACUUUGCUUAAUAGAAGAUUAGCCAGAGAUUGAGUAAGUCUCUCUCGCUCUUUGGUGCCCUAGCUCUCGUUCUCGUCUCAUUCCCUCGACGCCGAGCAUGGUAUCACAGCCUCUACUGCCGUGUCUACAAGCCUCGCCCUCCGGCGUUCCAUUCCUAUCCCCUACGCAACCUCCCUAGGUCAAACAAUUACUUUUUUGUAGAUUAGUCUUGAGCCCAGAUGCUGCACCAAACAGUUGAAGGAUGUCCAUAGUAACAGCAAUAUCAGCGGCAUCUGGAUGAAGAAAUAAAACCACAUCAUCCGCAUGCAUUGAGAUGCGAUGUUGCAAAGCACGUCUUGACAAUGGUUGCAACAAGCCUAGCUCAAUGGCUUUUGAAAUCAUAUGCCUCAACACAUCCAUGACCAAAAUGAAUAACAUUGGAGAUAGGGGUCACCUUGUCUCAAUCCUCACCGAUGAGUUAUUCACUCACCGGGGAUCCCAUUCAAAAACACUUGAGUAGAGGAAGAGCAUAGCAGUCCACUGAUGAUGUCCCUCCAUAUUUGUCCGAAACCCAAGUGUUGCAUGACCUCAAGUAAGAAGGGCCAAGCAACCGAAUCAAAAGCCUCUGAAAUGUGAAGUUUCAGUAAAAUACGGGGCUGUUUUUGUUGAUGCAGAAAUCACGCCGUCUGCUGCACUAAAAUGAAAUUAUCGUGUACGAAGCGCCCUUUGAUGAAGGCACUUUGAUUAGGAGAUACCAUUUGGUUUAAGUGACCUGCCAAUUGAUUAGCCAACAAUUUGGUUAUGAGCUUGGCAAAGCUGUGUACUAGGCUUAUUGGCCUAAAAUCCUUGGGCUACUCGGCAUUUUCUUUUUUCGUAAUCAGUGUGAUAUAUGUAGUGUUAAGAGGGCCGAGACCCCUCAGCUUUCUACUCCAAACAGCAGAGAUAGCUACCAUAAUGUCAUUUUUUAUUAUCGACCAACAAGCUUUGUAGAAAUGCCCUGUGAACCCAUCUGGAUCCAAUGCUUUAUCUGAGGGUAGUUGCUUGAUUGUCAACCACACUUCUUCCUCCAUGAAAGGUGAAUCAAGAUCGGCUAGGUCGUGUGUGUGUGUGUGUGUAGGAAUCCCCAAUUCAAGCAGAUUGAUGGUAUGCUCUCUAGGUUCACUUGUCCCAAGCAAUUUGUCAUAGAAAUCAUCCACAACUCAUGCCUUGUCCUCAUGUGCUGUAUAGAUAUGAUUUUCUGAGAUAAGCCUGCCAAUAAAGUUCUUCCUCUUGCGAUGAUGCGAAUGUAAAUGAAAGAGCCUCGUAUUGGCAUCUCUCACGUAACCACCCAAUGCGAGAGCGUGACCGAGCGAUUGCCUGCUUGAGAGUGGCCAGGGCAAGACUAUGCUUCUUGAGGUUAUUUUUGAGCCAUACUUGUGGUGAAAGAGCACAUCGUUGACAAUUUCGAGCUGAUGUAGAAUUUCUCGCGCUAGGGCAAGUUGAGAAUUAACAUGGCCAACAUUUGUCGGGUAUCGUAACCCAGAGUACCCCAAGCAAAGAGCUUAGAACCCCAUUCUCCUUUUUUAAAAACAAAAUAAUGAUAAGUUAGAAAGGCUAAACAGUCACCCCUCACUUCACCCGAGACCCGAUCGUCGAGCCUCGGUAAGACCGAUAGCUUGGCCUACCGGUUCUGUCUCGCCCGAGACCCAACCAGGCAUCGGACGAGAUCAGGCCAUCUCCGAUUUGCCCGACCUGACCUCGGAGCCUCGUGAAGGCUAGGGAAAGCUUCCGCCCCGCCACUGCCUCCCCUUGUGAACUAUAAAAGGAGGCAGGGUCCCAUUCAAGGGACACGAACAAGAUCACGACGCACACAACGAGCACAACUCAUAGGCACACCUCUCCCACACACAGAGCUGAGACUUUGAAUUCAUUCCCUCUCUCAUGCCUUGCUUGUAAACCCCUACUACGAGUACCUCGGUACAUGAUAAUACAAGACUCUCUCCUCACACUGGACGUAGGGCAUUCUUGGCCUAAACUGGUAUAAAUCUCCUCGGAUUAGGACACACAGAUACAAAUUCACUAGUUAGUGUCGGGACCGCGGGUCUAAACACCGACAACAUUCUUAUCACUCUACUAUAUAAAUUUUUGUAUUGAAGUACUAUUGUGUUGGGAUCCAAUAUAGGUAAGGAAUUUGAAAUGGUAUACUGAAUUUUUGACCCAAACUAAUGAAAUUUUGCAGCCAUUAACUCGAGCAAGGGUCCCAAUAGUGAAGCUUAUGGAUCCGGAAACAGGGCUUUCCUGUGAUAUAUGUGUCAAUAAUCUUUUAGCAGUUGUUAACACAAAACUUUUGCGAGAUUAUGCACAAAUAGAUAGAAGGUUAAGGCAGUUGGCAUUCAUUGUGAAGCAUUGGGCUAAAAUUCGACGUGUAAAUGAAACUUACCAAGGAACACUUUCUAGCUAUGCCUAUGUGAUAAUGUGCAUUCACCUCCUACAGCUGCGAAGAAUACUCCCAUGUCUACAGGAAAUGGAGGCCACUUAUUAUGUCAAGGUGGAUGAAAAUAACUGUGCAUACUUUGACCAAGUGGAGAAGCUAAAUAAUUAUGGUGCUCACAACAGAGAUACAAUAUCAAGGCUGCUCUGGGCUUUUUUCCAUUAUUGGGCAUAUGAGCACGAUUACACAAGAGAUGUCAUAUCAAUUCGUACUGGAAGGAUUAUCAGUAAGGAACGGAAGGACUGGACUAGACGAGUUGGAAAUGACAGGCAUCUCAUAUGCAUUGAAGAUCCAUUUGAGAUCUCCCAUGAUCUCGGCCGCGUAGUUGACAAGUUCAGCAUCAAAAUACUCAGGGAGGAAUUCGAGCGAGCAGCUAAUAUAUUACAGUUUGAUCCGAACCCCAGCAUGACACUCUUUGAGCCAUACGUGCCCCCUCUGUUGCCGAACCUGUUGCAAGAAGAAACUGCGAAUGCUGCAUCUAAUUGAACUAUGAUAGUGUUAGGUUCGUAAUUGAACUAUGAUAGCGUUUGGUUCAUCCUCAGGUAAUGUAAUUGGAUUGCAGCAGCCUUUGUUUGAUUGGAUGUGUUAAUGGUAUUGUUUACAGUUACAUGUGUUUGUUUUCCAA